AUGUGUAGGAAAUUCACAAAUGAUCAGGGCAUCAUCCGCAAGCCUCGACAGGCAGCUGGAUUCCGGGGAACCGUUCGUUAUGCUCCGAUAUCUUGUCACCUUCAAAGAGAGCUUUGCAGGAAAGAUGACUGCGAGACGUGGGUGUACAUGUUGGUCGAAUUUACGUACGGCCGUCUUCCUUGGAAAGAGAUCCAGGAUAUGAAUCAAGUAGGCGAGUACAAAAAACGUGUCCGUCAACCUAUGUACAUCAUGGAGCUUUUCCCUCCCCCUUGUCCUCGUGAGUACAUUGAGGCACUACAGUAUAUCGACGGAUUGAAAUAUUAUGAUGCGCCCAAUUAUCAGUACAUUUACGGAAUCAUGCGAAGGGCUCUGCAAUCAGCUCGAGUGCAGGAGUUUCCUUACGAUUGGGAGAUGGGUGGUCCCACGGCCUACCUGCUUCAGUAG